AUGCGUGUUGCUGCUUGCGUCUGGUGGCUCGUCUCUGGCUCUUUGCCUGCGCUCUGUCUGCCCGACGACUUGUUGACGGCGGAUGCUGCACAGGUCGGGCCUGUGACCGAGGUGCAUGAGAUUACCCUGACUCUUCAGCAAUACAACCAAUCCACAAUUCAGAGACACGGUGAAGAAAGAUCACGCCUCCUCGGCACCUUGGACAAGCGCAACGGGAAAUGGACGGCAAAUCACGCUCGGCAUCGCCUCCUGGAUGCCCUCCACGGCUUCACAAGAUACCGCGAGAGACAGGCGGCGGAACUGAAGCGGCUCCGCGGCCUGUAUAAGAACGUAUCCAAAGCCCAGAAAGCAUUCCUCGAGCAUCAUCUGUCCUACUCGUCAAAGUUCACUCACGUCGAGCAGAAGCUUCUUCACAACCAAGCCCUGUGCGACAGAGUUGUUAGACACGCACUCGAGUUCUAUGGCAUCGAAAACGAGGAGCUCCACAAGCACAUUGCCGACACCGAGGCAACGGGCCAACAAGCCGACAAGAUUUCUGUGUCCCAGGCGCUCAAGCACAUUGUGCGAGACUGGACAGACGAGGGGGACCACGAGAGGAGCGCACCGUUUGCCUGCAUGCUGCCGACGCUUGAUGGGCUCUUCCCUGCGAGGCAUGCGGCCGCCGAGAAAGUCAAGAUCCUGGUGCCGGGGGCCGGUCUCGGUAGGCUGGGACAUGACAUCCACCGCUUACGAGGUUUCCAAGUCACCAUCAACGAGUGGUCCAUGUUCAUGAACGUAGUAUACCGAUUCAUCGAACGCUACGGGCUGAGAGACGGACAGACAUUUCACCCUUUCGUCGACGGCUGGUCCCACCACACAUCAGACUCCAAAAUGCAGCGGCAGCUGCAAUUCCCAGACGUCGAUGUCAACCCUCACUCGGUCCUGAUGAUGGAGGGCGACUUUACAACGGCGUUCCGCCACCAGGAAGGCUUCUACGACGUCGUCGUCACCUACUUCUUCAUCGAUACCGCGCGGAAUCUCAUCAUGUACUUCGACACCAUCAAGAAGAUCCUCAAGCCCGGCGGCUACUGGAUCAACCUCGGGCCCCUCCUCUACGGGACGGCGCCCUUUGUGCAGCUGUCUCUGCAAGACAUUGUCAAGGUCGCAGAGGCCAUGAAGUUUGAGUUUUUGGAAACGAGCGAUGAAUGCGGGAUUUUGACGUUUGCAAACUCGACCGUCAGGAGUAUCGAGGCCAUCUACGGCUUUGACAAGGAGGCUCUGACCAAGAACUCGUACAACGCUCAAUUUUGGGUAGCCAAACGGCUAUAG